AUGCCCAAGACAACAAUCGAAAGUCUAGCGUCGCCAAGUCUCCCACUAGAAGCGCCGGCAUUAGAUGAUCCACAACUGCGAUAUUCGUACGAAGUUGCACGAGGAGAGAAGGGUGUCCUGUCUUUUGAACCAUACAAGAGCCUCAUCUUGCCCUAUUGGGCUUUUCGCACUGUGCCGCUUGCACAGAAAUCAGCAGAGCUCUUGUGGUCCAUCUUUGGAUCGUAUGUGGAACGUGGGGAUUUGGUUGGGGCGGACAUGACUCGCAAAUUCAUCCAAAUGGGUAUGACCCGCGCCCGUCGAUAUGCCAACCACAAAGGAGGCCGGAAAUAUGGUGCCGGUGGGAAGCAGUUGGGAAAAUGGACCGGAGAGGACGCGGGUGGGAAGAGGAAGGAGAAAGCAGAGGCUAGCGAGAUUUUCAAGGGUUAUUGGAGACGGUGUAUCGCGUCGGAGGAAUACAUUCGCCUGAAGGAGGAGUGGUCGAGAGCCAAGCAGCAGUAUCUGAAGGUUCAUCGUGGCUAG